UCCUUCUAAUAUAUUCAUUCUCUCGUCCUCCAUGAUAUAUAAUAUGUAUAUAUAAAUAAAGCUAAAGACAACAAAUAGCUCUAGGCCUUCAUUUCUUUGUUUUAGUAAAUUCAAAGAUGUCGGAAACCUCGUUUAGAAAACGGCCACGGUCACGGGCACCUACAAUGACAAGAACUAAGAGCAUAAAAGAGAUGUCUCCGGUGAAACCAUCUCAUGAGAUUGAAGAUUGUAAAACAUGCAGGAUCUCCAUCGGUAUCUCCACAGCUCCAUUAGGGUUGCAGUCACUGCAUGAAGCUUGCCAAAAGGCAGAGGUUAGUGGAGACAAGGCACUUGGUUUCUUGCACUCCUGUGGCAUGUGUAGACGGCUUCUUGGAUCUGGAAGAGAUAUUUAUAUUUACAGAGGGGACAGCGCAUUCUGCAGUCAAGAAUGUAGAGAACAGCAUAUAAAAAAGGAAUCUCUCAAAGGAAGCUCUACUCCACUCCAAUAGACACAGAAAGCGAUAGAUUUCCUGUGGACUUUGUUUGAGCCCUACCUUUCUGCCAAAGUUGUAUUUUCAUUCCAUUGUUUCUUAUCAAUGAAGCGUGAGAGGGGUAUGAUUUUAAGAAAUUUCAAGAGCUCAAUUAUGUAACUAAGGCAUAACUAGUGCAAGUGUUUAGCAUGGCCAAAGAGCUUUGAUCAAGCGGCAUUCACCUACUAUGUAAGUUUCGGUUUGCAAAAUUUCCAUUACCCAGGUUAUAAACACACCUGAGAAAAUGGUGCCAAAAAGUUACUAA